AUGAUUGCUGAUUUUAAGAAAGACAUGAUGAAAAUAUAUAAAAUGAAUGAUAUGGAACUGCUACAUCAUUUUCUUGGUAUGGAGAUUUAUCAAUAUGAUAAUGGAACCUUUAUUUGUCAAAAGAAAUAUGCUGAAAAUAUUCUUGUGAAAUUUGGCAUGACUGAUUGUAAACUGAUGGCCACACCACUUGUUGUAAGUGAAAAGCUUGACAAAAAAGAUGUCAAGGUUUAUACACAAUCCCAGUCAAUUACAUAUUGGAGCAGCCAAGAGAGUGUAAAGAUACAUCAAACGACAUUUAACUACAACAUCAAAUUCAGCAAAGGUGCUACUUUAAAUUUGCAUGUUUAUUGUGAUAGUGAUUGGGGUGGAUGCCUUGAUAAUAUGAAGAGCACCUUAGGCUUUUGUUUUUCACUUGGUUCUGGAGUAUUUUCUUGGGGAUCAAAGAAGCAACAAAGUGUGGCACAAUCAUUCUGA